UGCAUUUUUUUUGCAGUUUAUUUGGCCAACGAACGCGACGCGAAAAUGUUCACUAUGUUCUCAGCGCGAGGCACCACGGGCGACCAGUGAUUGCGACGCGAUUGAUCCCUCGAUCCGAUCUGGCAGACUGGCAACAAACCGCAGGCAACCGCAGCCGAUGCCAUCGUGAACAGCAACGCCCACCCACCCAGCGAGACUCACACACAGGCACACGAACGGGGACUUGGACUUGGACUCGGAUUCGGAGUCACCGCACACACACCGCACGCACACGAACGGACGGCGGGAGCACCCCCACCCGAACACCCCACUCAGCCGCACACACCCGCAGAGAUGGCGCACCUACCGCUGCCGCUUUAUGGCUUCGCGGCAUUCUUCAUGGUCUUCUGGCUGGGCACCUGGAUGGUGCACGUGAUAGCCAUCUGCUACGGCCGCUACAAGCUGCACAAGAAGUCCUGCAAGCUGCCCACGGAGGCGCAGCCCCUGCCGGGCGUCUCCAUCCUCAAGCCGCUCAUGGGCGUGGAUCCCAACCUGCAGCACAACCUGGAGACCUUCUUCGCCAUGGACUACCCGCUGUACGAGCUGCUCUUCUGCGUCGAGGACAAGGAGGACCCGGCCAUCCAGCUGGUGGAGCGCCUGCUGGCCAAGUACCCGCUGGUGGACGCCACCCUCUUCGUCGGCGGCUCCGACGUGGGCGUCAACCCCAAGAUCAACAACAUCCAUCCCGGCUACAUGGCCGCCAAGUACGACUUUGUCAUGAUCUCGGACAGCGGCAUCAAGAUGAAGGACGACACGCUGCUGGACAUGGUGCAGAAUAUGUCCGAGAAGCACGCCCUCGUCCACCAGAUGCCCUUCACCAGCGACCGGGACGGGUUCGCGGCCACCUUCGAGAAGGUCUUCUUCGGCACGGUGCAGAGCAGGAUCUACCUCUCCGCGGACGUGCUCGGCAUCAACUGCCACACGGGCAUGUCCUGUCUGCUGCGCAAGGCGGUCAUCGACCAGCUGGGCGGCCUGAGAGCCUUCGGCUGCUACCUGGCCGAGGACUUCUUCAUUGCCCGCAGCGUGACGCGGCUGGGCUGGAAGAUGCGCAUCUCCAACCAGCCGGCGCUGCAGAACAGCGGCCUCUGCGACAUCGGCAGCUUCCAGGCUCGGCUCAUCCGCUGGGCCAAGCUGCGCGUGGCCAUGGUGCCCACCACCAUUCUGCUGGAGCCGCUCUCCGAGUGCAUGAUCCUCGGCGCCUUUGCCGCCUGGUCGGCCUCGGUGCUCUUCAGCUGGGACCCGCUGGUGUUCUACCUGGUGCACGUACUCUGCUGGUUCCUGUCCGACUGGCUGCUGCUCUCCAUCGUCCAGCACGGCUCGAUGCCGUUCCACAAGUUCGAGUUCGUGGUCGGCUGGCUGUUCAGGGAGCUGACUGGACCCUAUCUGUUCCUGCACGCCCUCUGGAACCCGGCGAUCCGCUGGCGCGCCCGCACCUACAAGCUCCACUGGGGCGGAGUGGCCUACGAGCUGAACAACCCCGCCUCCGACGCUGCCAACGCCCCGCUGGCGCCCCAGCCCGCACCCACGUUAGAGCCCGCGGGGGCCGCCACCACCGCCGCCGGGGGAUCCACGGGCGACACGCUGAUCUGCACGGGAGCCAAGCAGCGACUGCUGGUCUCGUAGCACCUACUAAUUAAGUUUGUUAUUUUGUACUUGUGAGCAACCAACUCAGCGUCUAGCGUCUGGUAGUAGUAUUAUUAGCUCAACCUAAGUCACUACGUAAGUCUAGACUUAAAGCUGUAAGAGAAAGGCGGCUGCGGAGCACGCACUCCUCCAGGACGGGCAGGCGGACCUAGAUUAGUUUAGAGACACUGAUUAGACGACGAGAUUUAGACGUCGGCAGCUGAAUGCGACGCAGCAGAUCGACCCGGGCGCAGUUUGGUGGCUUCGCGAGAACUGGUUAACGAUGCUUUGUGUGUAUAUAUUACGAUCGUACGAUUUGUAGCCAGCCUGUACAGACGCAAGCCCUAGUUAGCAUUACGAUUGCGUUAGCUUCCCCGCUUCAGUUGUUGCUUUAUUGAAUUGUAAUUAUUUAUUUGGCCAAGCACCCUAGUUCUAUUGUUGUAGUUGUAGCCUAAGCCUAAACUUAUGAUUACCCUUAGUUGUUUCUGUUUUUCUGUUUGUCCCCAGCUUCUGUACAUAAGCGCCGCAAGGGAAUGCCAUUGAAUAAAUCGAAUCGAAUCGAAGCGAUCGAGAGAGUGAAACCCCA